AUGGUGACUGCUCGUCCGCCACCGCUUGUCCGCCGCCGCCUCCACCGCUCUUCCGCCCGUCGAUCUCCCACUGCGCUGCACACAGAGCCGCCUAAGGCCAUCUCGGCACCAACUCUCAUCACCUCCUCCAUCGUUGCACCGCCUGCCGGAGGCGAUGACCCUGAGCUCGCACCAAACGACCGCCGUGUCCCUCCGCUACCGCCGCUACGCGUCUACACAAUCCCAGCCCGCCGCCGUACACUUCCACCAGUCCUUCCGCCGCCGGCGAUGUCGACGCGCCGCUGCGCCUCACACGCCCCUCUGCCCGCCGCCAACAACAGACAGACGACAACAACAGCCGUUCUCGCCGCGACAACGACCAUAAUCGGUCCGGUUGAUGGGCUUCAGAGGCGCGUAUCUACAUAG